AUGAAUCGCCUUAUAAUUGUAUUUUGCAUAUACUUUUUUACCAAUAUUAGACUUGUUAACUCACAGUCUAUCAAUUUUACAAAUCUACUGUUGCAUCAUCUCACGAUGUGUGGACCAGAAAAUGUUUGUAACAUUACUCAGUUCAGUUAUAGAACACCAGAGUUUAAGAUAUCAAAAAGUCACAAAUUGUGUCCCAAUUGCUUCUGUGACAAUUCGUGUUUUGGUAGAGGAGAUUGCUGUCCAGACAAAUACUUUGCACACAGUGAUCUAGUAUGUAAUAAUGUUACCUUCGUUAACGCCACGCAAGAUGAAAGUCGAGAACAGAGAUCGUCAUUUCUCUUGAUUAAAAAAUGUCCUGAUGGAACAGAACAACCCAUCAAAGAAAAGUGUGAAAAAGAGGCAAAUAGUAUUGAUAAACUAAAGUAUCCUCCAGUGACUAGCAUGUUAACAAAUCUAACGUAUGCUAAUAGAAUAUGUGCUCAAUGCAAUCACGAACCAUCGUAUCAGUUCUGGAAUCUGGACAUUUAUUGCCGAGUGUUUUUAGAUAUCAACUUUUUAUCUUCAUUCAAAGAAGUUGUUGAUCAUGGAAUAGAACACGCAUGUGUCAUGCAGUUUGCACCACACGAUGACAAGGCUGCAUAUAACUGCUAUCAUCUACAGGGGUUUCAUUUUGAUUCGUGUAACAAGACCGGAUUCUGGAAGAAAAAAGACAAUGACUUGUUAUAUGCUUGCGAAUCAAUGUAUGUCAAUAAUGAUACCUUGUUUAAAAACCCGUUUUGUAGAAUGUGUAAUCCCACAUUCUUCGAAGGAGACAUAAUAACACAAUGCAAUGUUACCGGAAUGUGGAACGACUUUGAUAGAAAUAUCAAGCAAGCUUGCUCUCGUUUUGGAUUCAAUGAAGGUACUUUCCCAUUCAAAAAUAUAUUUUGUCGAAUUUGCAAUGCUCCUGAUAACUUUAAGUACAACUAUGUUGACGCAUCUGCAAAAAUCAGCACAAAGGUUUUUUUAACAUUUAAUAAAAAGGAUUUAUACCAUAUGUCGAUAAUAAUUAACAAUUUUAGUAAAGAGUAUUUCAAAUUAGUGACUAACAAAAUUCCUAAAUCCGAACACCGAAUGAAGCAGAAAACGCCUGGUAUUAUUCUUAACAAUAACCAAACACUCAAUGUCACAGAAUUGAUAUAUAAAUCUUUCUCAUUCAAGAAAUAUGUCAAAGUAUGCAACAGCCAUGGUAUUCCAAAAAACCUUUCAAAUCUAUUCAUUUCCUGCACUUGUAACCCUUCGUGCUUUCAUCAUAAUGAUUGUUGUGAAGAUUUUGCAUUACAAUAUCCAGCAGAAUGUAUUCAUUCAAAACAACUGGCUGGAGAGCAUUUUAAAAGGACCAAACCAGAUGUGGAAUACACGGUCACGAAUGGUUGUUACAUGCAAUUUCAGUAUCCAAUGUAUAUGGAGAAAUUAUGUCAAGACGGAGCAGAGGGAAGUGACAUAUUUUCUUCUUAUCCAAUACGUGAUAUUACCACUGGUAUAUCAUACCUCAACAUGUAUUGUUAUUUAUGUAAUACAUCGCCUCAAAGACCUGUGUUUGAUUUGGGUAAACCAUGGAACAUCGAAUUGUACUGUAAAAAAUACAUUGACCACAGGAACUUUAUUACGAUAAAGCAAUUAGUCGUAACACUCAAAGAUACUAACUGCAAUAUUACAUAUUUACCAAUUUCAUCUCCAAAGGGUAAAGGUCACCAAAGUGUCCCUCUAUGUCACAGAGAACAAGUACGUUAUAAUAAGUGCAAUUUAACUGGGAAAUGGCUAAUUAAGGAUCCCCAAAUAAUAUAUGCUUGUGAAAAUGUUUCGUCUAGGGCUUUUAGGAUGAUCUAUGCCAUGCACAGGCCAUGUAAACUUCAUAAAAAUCAGUUCUGUGCAUUAUGCAACCCAGAAAUGAUAGAAAAUAUCACGAUAAGUAAGUGCAAUGCCUCUGGAAAACUGUCUUUCUACGAUCAUCGAGAUGAAAUUGGUUGCCAGUUUUUCCCUCAAAUUGCAUUCUAUUCGCCGUAUAAGAAUAUAUUUUGCAAACAUUGCAAUAACAGGACGGAUAGAGUGGAUUGUUCGGGUGGGCUAAGCGACGGUUAUUACUCAAUAACGUCAAAACGAUUUAAGUGGACUCCAAUCUUUAGGAAUUUGUUCUUGUAUUCUGAACUUCGUGAUGAUUUUCUGGAGAAUGAAUCUCAUAAAUGUAAAUCAACGGAAUCAUACAUGAGGAAUUUGACUGUAGGAACUUGACCUGUUUUCCUGGAAAGUUUCUUCGUAAUGGAUCAUGCCCAGCACUUUUUACAGUAACCAAAAACCUAGGAUAUGUUCUGACAUCAGAUUUUCAAGGAAACUUGUCUUCUCUAUUACCUGUUCAGGAUCUACUGGGCAUCAUUUCGG